GACCGUUGGUAAAUAAAUAUCUGACAGGUGAGCAACUUUCUCACUCCCGGUUUGGACGUCUGAUGUGAUGAUGCCUGGCUUCUUUUGGACGCGGUGUGUCAACAGGACCUUCACAUAUGCAACGUGGGCAAAAGGCAUCCGAAUCAGAACGGCGAAUCGGCUUUAUUGGUCCUCCACAAGAAGGGUCGUCAAUGUUCUCACAGGUGGAAGGGCUGCAUUCCUGCUGGGACUCCCAACGCUCUCGUGUCUGACAUAUGGAGCUUAUCGCAGGGUACAUGAUUCAGUUGUGGUCCUCGCUUUGGAAAAAGAGGAGGUUCUUGAGCAGGCCGACUACCUUUACAGCUGCGCGGAGACACACAAACUCUACCAGCUCCUACUGGAGUACAAAGACAGCGAUAAUGCAGAGUUCUUGUGGAGGCUGGCAAGAGUGUCCCGUGAUGUUUCUGAGCUGCCCGACACCAAGGAGGCACGGAAGAAACAGCUGGUGUAUGAGGCCUUUGAAUAUGCAAAAAAAUCCUUGGAGAAAGAUGACAAGUGUUUUGCAGCACACAAAUGGUAUGCAAUAUGCCUGAGCGAUGUGGGGGAGUAUGAGGGAGUCAAGGUUAAAAUUGGAAAUUCUUUUGCAAUCCGAGAACAUCUAGAGAGAGCCCUCGAGCUCAAUCCCAAAGAUGCAACAUCCUUGCACAUUUUGGGCUACUGGUGUUUUACCUUUUCUGAGCUGCCGUGGUAUCAACGCAAGGUGGCAGCAGUUAUUUUUGCGUCACCUCCCACAUCCACAUAUGAGGAGGCUUUGCAGUUCUUCCUGAAAGCUGAACAAGUGGAUCCAAACUUCUACAGUAAAAACCUCCUCAUGCUGGGGAAGACCUACAUGGCCAUGAAGGAUGAGCAGAAAGCUCUGCUAUGGCUGAACAAAGCUAAAGAUUACCCCCCUCGCACACACGAAGACAAAGAGGUCCAUAAAGAAGCCGCUGACCUGUUAAAGAAGUUCAGAUGAACCUGGCACCUUUUGAGAAUGUCCCCUAAUUGUUAACAUAGUUUAUGAUUGGCCUUGGACAUAGAAAUCACUCGUUUCCACGAGGUGCCGUCCUCACAACUUGAAAAUAAAAGCACAAUCAUGGCGGGGAAGGGA